AUGACAAUGGAUAUUGAAGAAGAAAACUUAGCUCAACAGAUUAUACGUAUCUCAGAUGUCGAUAAAGAACCAUUGGAUAUGAGUUUCUCAAAUUAUGAAGAUGAAACUAUACAAGAGAUUCCACUUGUUUCUCUAGAAGAAGCUGU